UGAGAUUGGGUAAUUGGUUACGCAGAUUUCCGUUAAAACUGCGUGCGUUUGGGCGGGUUCUUCUUCAGCUCUCCUUGACCCUUCUCUCUCUUUAUAACGACUUUCUCUCUCUGCUAGAUCCAUCCAACUUCGAAGUCCUUAUCUUUGCUUUUCUUUUCUUUUUUUUAGUUCUCCUCUUAUCUAUUUAAUUUAUAAAAUAAAUAACAUUUAUUCAAUCAAUUUUAAUAGAAAAAAAGUGCACAAGUGAUCCAAUAGGUUUCUUUCAAUUCCUAAUCCUACCCCAUCACAGGUACUCUUUACUAUUGUUAUUUCCCUCAUCAACUUUAAAAUGAACUGUUUUGAUUAGUUUAAGAAAAAAUUAUAUAUUUAUUAAUUUUGAAUUUGAUAUUUCAGACCCAUGGAAUUAAGUUAUGGAAGUUGAUGGGUGUACGGACAGAUAUAUAGAUAUAGAAUAUAAUUUUUCUUUUUCCCAUUUAUGUAUAAGUGAUAUAUGACACAUGAGAAGAUAUUCCUUUCUGGAGGAGGAAGAAGGAGAAUGAAUCUUUCCCCUUUCCCUAUUUAAAGCUAAAAAUUUGAUUUUUGAUUUUUCUUUUGAGGGGUUAGGUUUUUAGGAAAUAGAAGUUGGUUUUCUAUUUGAUUCUGGGAAUAUUUCUUUCUGCAUUUGGUUAGGUAAGGGAUCGUUGUGCUUUUGCAUUGUGCUCAAAAUUUCUUUUUAUCAUCACACAAUGGAACAGUUUAAAACAACAUCGGCUACAGCUUCACAAUCCCAUAUCAAGGAGGAUAGUUCUUUUAAACAUACCUCAAAAAAUGAUGGCAAUCUUGAGCGCUCAGGGAGUCCUCGAAAUCGAAAGGUAACAGCCAGAUGGGAUCCAGCUGAAGCUUGCAGACCUAUAAUUGAUGAAGCACCAGUAUUUUAUCCAACUGUUGAGGAAUUUGAGGAUACACUUGGUUACAUAUCAAAAUUACGCUCAAAAGCAGAGUCAUUUGGCAUAUGCCGAAUUGUCCCCCCAUCAUCAUGGACGCCUCCUUGCCGUCUCAAAGAGAAAGAUAUAUGGGAAAUUGCUAAAUUUUCUACACGAAUUCAGCAAGUUGACUUGCUUCAAAACAGGGAGCCCAUGAGAAAGAAAUUUCGCAGCAGGAAACGAAAAAGGAGAAAGCAUUCAAAAACUGGCAGAACAAGGAGUCAGGCCACUUCUUGUGAGGCUGAUGAAAAAUUUGGCUUCCAAUCAGGAUCAGACUUCACACUUGAAGAAUAUCACAGAUAUGCUGAUUAUUUCAAAGCUUGUUAUUUUCAAAUGAUUGAUUCUGUGGAGGAUGUAAAGCUUGGUGGGAAUGAUAUUGAACACCAGAAAUGGAAACCUUCUGUGGAGGAGAUUGAGGGUGAAUACUGGCGGAUUAUUGAACAACCAACAGAUGAGGUUGAGGUAUAUUAUGGAGCUGAUCUGGAAACUGGAACAUUUGGAAGUGGGUUUCCCAAGGCUUCAUCCAUGGUAAUUGAAGAUGAUUCACAAUCAGAGCAGUAUGUUAAGUCUGGCUGGAAUCUAAACAACUUCCCACGCCUGCCAGGUUCUGUGCUAUGUUUUGAAGAAAGUGAUAUCUCAGGAGUUCUAGUUCCAUGGCUGUAUGUUGGAAUGUGCUUCUCAUCUUUUUGUUGGCAUGUUGAGGAUCACCACCUUUAUUCUCUCAACUAUUUACAUUGGGGUGAUCCAAAGAUUUGGUAUGGAGUGCCUGGAAGUGAUGCUUCUAAUUUGGAGGAUGCAAUGAGAAAGCAUUUACCUGAUUUGUUUGCAGAACAACCUGAUUUACUCCAUGAACUGGUAACUCAACUAUCUCCUUCAGUUCUGAAAGCUGAGAGUGUCCCAGUGUACCGAGUUGUCCAGCACUCUGGGGAGUUUGUUCUUACCUUUCCCAGGGCAUACCAUUCUGGCUUUAAUUGUGGCUUCAACUGUGCAGAAGCAGUGAAUGUAGCCCCUGUUGAUUGGCUAGCACAUGGGCAGCAUGCAGUUGAGCUCUACAGUAAGCAGCAUCGCAAGACAUCUAUAUCCCAUGACAAGCUACUACUUGGAUCAGCUCAGGAAGCUGUCCGGGCCCUUUCAGAGCUGCUAGUUCUUGGUAAAGAAACUCCUGGAAACUUGAGGUGGAGAAGUGUCUGCGGGAAGGAUGGACUGCUUACCCAAGCAGUUAAGACAAGGGUACAGAUGGAGGAGGAAACACUACAACAUCUUCCAACUCAUCUAAAAUUGCAAAAGAUGGACAAGGAGUUUGAUUUGUGUAGUGAGAGAGAAUGUUUCACUUGCUUCUAUGACUUGCAUUUGUCUGCUGCCAGCUGCAAAUGCUCCCCUGAAAAAUUUGCAUGUCUUAAACAUGCAAACCAUUUUUGUUCAUGUAAACUAGAUGACAAAUUUGUAGUCCUGCGUUACACAAUGACCGAGUUAAAUACAAUAGUCAAAGCAUUGGAAGAAGAAUUAGAUGCUAUAAAAAUGUGGACAUCUAAGGAUCCUAAAUUGGAUUGUGAUGAUGACAGUGGUGCUCAUAUAUCUAAGCUGGAUCAGAAGGGUGAGUCAUUCCAAACCAGCUACUCGAAGCAGAGGGAAAGUCCAUCUUGUUCCCCAAGAGCAGAAGAAAUAUUGGGCACCAGUGUCUCAUGCUGUUCAAAUAAUCAAGUUUGUUUGGAAGUAAUGCAGUCUGAUGGCCAUGGAAAUGCCUUCAACAGUGAUGCUUUGAUUGUGAAGAAAAAAGCAAAGGUGAAGCAAGAGAGUUUCAUUGAUUUAAAUCUUGAUUUUAUGUCUGUUGAUCAUGAAAAUGAGCUUGUCCCCUCAUCUGAUAACUACAACAAUAAAGUUGUCUCAGAUAUGGAGAUGAACUUGUCAGUUGGUAAGCAAGAGAAAGUUAGUAAUUCUAAUGCAGCAAACGAGCCAGAUGUAUCACAAGUUGAUAGUGAUUGUAAUUCAUCAGAAUUGCAUCAAUUUUCAAAUCAAGUUCGCAGUUCUGAUACUCGUGCAAUUGGCAAGUCGUUUGGGGUGGAUCUUUCAAUUCUGCGGUCAUAUUCAAUGGUGCCGUCUGAAAGCUUUUCUGACACCAAAACACUCAACACCUUAGAUGUUAGACAAUCUAUAGAUGACCAAAACAAUCCUGCAAAGAAUUUAGGCUUUUUGGUUGAACCUCUAAAUUUUGGCUGUGUUGUGUUUGGAAAGCUUUGGUGCAGUAGGUAUGCCAUAUUCCCAAAAGGGUUUAGAAGCCGAGUUAAGUUCUUUAGUGUGCUUGAUCCAAGAAAAAUUUGUAGCUAUAUUUCAGAAGUAGUGGAUGCUGGACUCAUUGGCCCUCUUUUUAAGGUAUCUUUAGAAGAAUGCCCAAGAGAAGCAUUUGCUAAUGUUUCAGCAGAAAAGUGCUGGGAAAUGGUGCUGCAACGACUGAAUGAGGAAAUUACACGACUAAACAGCAUACGAGAAAGGGGACUGCCUCCUGUGCUGCCUUUGCAGAAUAUUAAUGGACUCAAAAUGUUUGGGUUUCUCUCUUCGCCAAUUGUUCGGGCUAUUGAGGCUCUUGAUCCAAAUCAUCAGUGUAUAGAGUAUUGGAAUAAUAGGCAUAUGAAUUUGACAAGUACAAGUGAGGUCGGGGAGUCCCCAUUUAGACUGAAUUGCAAGCUUUUGGAAUCAAAGGCAAAGUUAGGCAUUAAUGCAGUGGCCAAGGAUCUAGACAAUCUAGCUACAGAAGGUCAUUUGGAUGAAGAAGGGGCGCGGCAGGUGCUGCAAGGAUUAUUCAAGAAAGCUAGUCCUGGAGAAUUACAAACGAUGCACAGGAUAUUCUCGGGCGAGGCACAAAGUGCUGAAUGGAAAGCUGCAUUCGCAACAUUGAAGGAGGAGAUUAACAAAACAAGUAUAUAAUAAAAGAUGAUUUUAGAUUCCACCCUUCUUUUCUCAUUCAGGACUGCACUAUUCAGUCCCACAAAAGUCUCUUUUCCUCGCUCAGAGUAGCUUGGCUUAAUUCUUCUCACUUAUUAGGUCCAUUCUUUAGAAGAUACAUAACAUGACAGAGAUCCUGGGCAUGAGUUGACUCAUUACAUGGAUAUAGAAAAUUGAUCUCUAAUGCUUUUGUUUAACCCAUCACAGAAAAAGGGUAGAUGUGUAAAUUAGGACAUUUUAGUAACAUUUAUGAAAUACAUGCUAGUUUUCUUCC